ACAAGCAUAAAACAUGGCGGAAUCAGACAACACUCGGGUAGUAGCGAUUGCUAUCGAUGGAAGCGCAUACGCUGAACAGGCUUUUGAUUGGUACAUGGAGAAUAUUCGCCGGGAAAACGACAGCCUCGUAUUGAUUCAUGUUCCCGAAUCGUACGACCUUCACCUAGCUAGUCCCGGAGUGGUACAACAAAUACUAGAGGAACUGGAAGUGAAGGUUAAAGCCAUCGAGGACAAGUACAAGGCAAAAGUCGAUGGCAAGAUCCAGGGGAAAUUUCGAACGGGGUCUGGGAAACCAGGAGAGGUAAUCGUAAAGAUUGCGGAUGAGGAAAAGGCUGGUAUGAUUGUAACUGGAACGAGGGGACAGGGAAAGUUCCGGAGGACAGUGAUGGGUAGUGUCAGUGACUAUAUUGUACAUCACGCUCAUGUACCAGUGUUGGUGUGUAGGAAAGAGAAAGACUUGAAGGCUUAGCAUGGAUUGUGUGACAAAUGAUUGGAACUAAAGUGUCCAUAGAUUAACAAUAAUUAUAUCCCUAGUCCCUUAGACUAUAUACAAGAUAAACUGGUCAAUAUCAAGUAGCGAAUGUCAAGGACGCAAUA